UACGAAUUUUUAACGUGAAAUAGAAUUACGAUUAUUAACUUUAUAAGAAUAAUCAAACACUCAAAAAUCUUUAUCUUCUUCUUAUUUCUUUAUUUUCUUAACUUCGUUGUUCUGUUGCAAACCUACUACAUUAUAUUAGUUUGCUUUUCACAUUAUAUGUAAAACCUCACCUCGACAAUGUAUAACUCUGCAAAUAUCACUCGUUUCCAACACCUGUCAUAUUCUAUAAGUAAUACCUACGCAGAAUAAGGACAACUGAUUCCUUCCGUAAGUGCAAUGAUUAAAUAUUAAUGCGCAUGCACCAUAUACGUUACAUUAGUGACAUAUGAUUAACAGUAAUUUUGAAAUUGAUGCACUUUACCGUAAAUACAAUUUUAAUGUGUACUUUACGGUUCCAUUAACAGAACCAGAUCCAGAAGUAGUAAUGACGUACACUGACGUACGAAAUUGUCAAGCGUUUAGUUGGUUAACAUUGGGCUUCUUAUCAUGAAUCGAGCUACAUUCGAGAAGCGAUUCUUAAGGAUAACGAAAUUAUUCGGGAAACUGAGUGGAAUUUGGCCAGAUCAAAAUAAAGUUAAAUUUAGUUUGUGGGCCAUGGUGCAUAUUACUAUGGCAUCAUUUGUCUUUGUACAGGUAGCAAGAAUUGUACAUAUAGGCACUUUGAAAGUCGUGAUAGAGCAGUCGUCUAUAAUCGGCACAGGAGUUGUCAUGGUCGUAAAACAUGGUAACUAUAUUCUGAACGCAAAGAAGCUUAAAUCCCUUUUGAAUGACAUGUCCGAGGAUUGGGCAAUCGAUCGAUUGAAAGAAGAAGUUGCCAUUAUGACGACAUAUGCAUGUAGGGGAACCACUCUUGCGAUGUUCUACCUUGUAAACGCGUGCAUAUGCGCAAUCCUUUUCUUACAACUGCCGUGGACAGUGCGCCUAAUGCACAUGAUAAAACCACACAAUACAUCGCUGCCAAUGGUAUACGCUAUACCAGCUUAUUAUUUUGUCGAGGAUGAUCGCAAAUAUUAUUACUACAUUCAAAUGUAUCUGGGCCUCUCUAUAUAUAUCGUGGUCAUUGUGUUCGUCGGUUGUGAUACUUGUUACAUGGUUCUUGUGCAACAUGCAUGCGGAUUGUUGACAGUGGCCGGAUAUCGCUUCAAAAAUGCCAUCAAUGACUUUCCCUUCAAUACGAGGAAUCCCGAAAAGGAGGCAAAGGAGAUAAAUAAAAGGCUACGUUUUUCUAUACAGGGGCACCAACGGGCAAUAAUGUUUCUGACAAAAAUCGAGAGCGCACAUGUUAUAUACCUUCUUCUGUGUAUGGGUAUAAUAGUCUUGUGCCUUAGUAUUACGAUGGUACAGAUCACUACGAUGGAAAUAUGUCUGGAUUUCUAUAAGUUUGUCAGCUUUCUGAUUCUUCAGUUCUUGCAUCUGUUCUGUUUAACGAUGCAGGGACAGUUCAUCAUAAAUUCGUCCGAUAUGAUUUACAAUGCAAUGUGGGUAUAAUACAUGAGUAUCAUGAACAUUUUAUUUUCUUAUGUAGUCUUAUCAACCACUCGCUUGGGCUAUUAAUAAUGCGGAAGAACGAAGAAUUAUGAUUCUAUAUUCCUGUAUAGUAUAAAGCGUUUUAGGUAAUUGGGUAGUACUUUUAUCUAUUUAUGCUCUUUUAAAUUUUCCUGUAUAGCAUGUUUUGGAAUUAAAUUAAAUAUAAAGUAACUAUGUUUGCCAUAAGCUUGUGUAAACCAGAAAUUUCUAAUCUAUUUUCACCUCGUUGGAGUGGUUGUU